GAUGUUCGUGGCCGGCCGCGGCGCUCGGGCCGGCGCGCGGCGCGUCCUGGUGGUGGUGACCGACGGCGAGAAGUUCGACGACCCCCUGGACUACCCGGCGGUCAUCGCGCUGGCCGACGCCAUGGCGGUCACUCGCUACGCCAUCGGGGUGGGCAGCGCGUUCCUGCGGCCCGAGGCGCACCUGGAGCUGCAGGUGAUCGCGUCAGGCCCCGCCCGGGAUCACCUGUUCCGCGUGGACAGCUUCGAGGCGCUGCAGGGCAUCCAGAGCCAGCUGCAGGAGAAGAUCUUCGCCAUCGAGGGUACGCACUCCGCCCACAGCAGCUCCUUCCAGCUGGAGAUGGCGCAGGAGGGAUUCAGCGCCACGCUGAGCGCGGCCGGGGCCGUCCUGGGCGCCGUGGGCGCGUUCGAUUGGGCAGGGGGCGCCUUCGUCCACGGCGGGGGAGGGGCGCCCGCCUUCCUCAACGCCUCCGCAGCGCACCUGGGCACACCUGGGGAACAGCUGGACAGUGCAGAGGAUGCCAGGAAUGCGUACCUGGGUUACGCGGCCACGCCCGUGGCGCUGGGGGGCGGCCUGGGCGUGGCCCUGGGCGCGCCCAGGUACGCUCACCUGGGCAGGGUGCUGCUGCUGAGGAAGGGACGCACCUGGGAGGCGCUGGCCCAGGCCACGGGGGCGCAGGUGGGCUCCUAUUUCGGGGCGUCCCUGCUGGCUCUGGAGCCCUGCCCAGAUGAGCCCCGCCCCCAGGCAGGUGAGCCCCGCCCCCGGGCAGGUGAGCCCCAGGUGCGGCUCCUGGUGGGGGCGCCCCUGUUCUACGGGGGGGGCAGCGGCGGCCGCGUGCACCUGUGCGAGCUGGACGGACAGGGCCCUCACCUGCGCUGCCCGCUGGCGCUGCGGGGCUCACCUGGGCAGCCCCUGGGCCGUUUCGGGGCCAGCCUGGCGCAGGUGCGGCCGGCGGGCGGGGCCAGGUGCGCCCAGGUGGCCGUGGGGGCGCCGCUGGAGGACGACGGCCGCGGCGCCGUUUACCUGUUCGGGAGCACACCUGGCGGGGUCAGCGAGCGGGCGGAGCAGCGCAUCCCGGGCUCCCGGUUCCCGUCCCAGCCCCAUUUUUUCGGCCAAUCGCUGAGCGGGGGGCGUGACCUGAGCGGGGAUCACCUGCCCGACCUGGCCGUGGGGGCGCGGGGCCAGGUGCUGCUGCUCAG